AUGGGGUCCACAGCUCAGCAGAAAAACUUCAACAAGCUAUGGACACACGCUCGUAUCUCUUCACAACCACUCCCGAGUCGGAUUGUUGAACACAAUACACACUCUCUGUCCCAACCACAGUUAGAGGAUGAUUAUCUAUCUGGAAGACCAUGCUUUGGUGGUUCUUGUUCGAGAUUCGUUCACAGAAUACGGGCCCUAGAGAGCACGGGUUAUUUGUCCCUUGCGUCUUUUACGUCUUUGCUUGUUGAGUUUGUGGCCCGGCUUGACCUCUUAGUUGAAGCAGUGGAUGAGCUCUCAGGAAUGGCUAAAUUCAAACAAGAAGCUGCAUAA